AAUAUUUGUCGGCGCAGGGCUCUGACAACAAGCUAAAAUUACAAAAAAAAAGAGAAGAAAACACACAAAAAUUACAGAAAAUAAAAUAUGGAUUUUAGAAGAAAAACUAAGCCUCGUAUAGAAUACAAGCCAGAGUAUGAAAAUCUGGAACAGAAAUAUCCACACAAUGUGCUACUCUACCGGCUGCCGCCAAUCGAAGACAUACAAAUCCAAGAAUUCGAAGAAUUAUCGCUGGAACGUUUGAAAGUUUUGCGAAUAUUGGAGCAGGCGCACACAAAAAGUUUACGUUUAUUGUCCGACGAUUGGAAGGAGUAUGUUCAUGCAGAACUCUCACGAGAAGGUUUAAAAGGUUAUUUGCGUUUGUGCACUAAUGGCGGUGCAACAGCCACCAAUAAUGCCAGUAAACAUGAGUUCGAACUGCAGGCCAGACGACGAGAUUACAUAUCACAUUUUAUAUUGAGAUUAGUUUAUUGUCGUACCAUGGAGUUGAAACGUUGGUUUUUGGCACGUGAAAUGGAACUUUUCAAAUAUAAAUUUUCCACCAUGACGCCGGCGGAAAUUAAACAUUUCCUAGAGCUGCACAAAUUAAACUAUGCCCCCUUGUCACAAGAACAAAAGAAUGCUGUCAAAGAUGGUCUUUUCGAAAGUACUAUGGGACAGAGUGUGGCCAAGAUAGAAAUGUUGGAUUUUUAUAAGGUUCCCUUUACCCAAGUGCUCGAUUUGGUUAGAUCACGUCGUUGCUAUUUGAAAGAUGGUCAAGCUUAUGUUAACACAAAUGAUUUUAUAUCGAUUGUGGCCGUCAAACAAAUGGAGGAAAUCGAACAUGGUCUGCAAGCUGCCCAACGUUCGAUUAGAGAUGUAGAGACAGAUGAGCGCUUGUUUCAUUUGCUUAAAUCAUUGCACACCUCGUAUACGGGCAAAGAUUAUACCGUUAGUAAAAAUGCCAGUGUACCCAUUGAAUCAUUGGAUCAACUGGCUAAAAAAUCAUUUCCCUUAUGCAUGCGUGCCUGUCAUGAACAUAUACGCGCUACCCAUCAUAUCAAACAUGAUGGCCGCAUGCAGUAUGGUUUAUUUCUUAAAGGUAUUGGGGUUACAUUGGAAGAUUCUAUACGCUUUUGGCGUGAAGAAUUCUGCAGAAAAAUGGAUCCGGAAAAGUUUUCGAAAAGUUAUCAAUAUAAUAUUGAGCAUAACUAUGGUAAAAAGGGUUCUAUGGUCAACUAUACCCCCUAUUCGUGCCUGAAAAUUAUACAGGAAAAUGCAGUGCCGGGCAGUGUACACGGCUGUCCCUAUAAAAUUUAUGAUCAAACCACCUUAAAGAACAAAAUGGCAGCUGCAGGUUUGUCAUCGGGUCAUGUUCAAGAAGUAAUGAGCUUUGUAGCCAAAGGACACUAUCAAUUGGCCUGUGGUAAAUUUUUCCAAAUCACCCAUGAAUCGUCAGAAGAAGUUGCCAUUACACAUCCCAAUCAAUAUUUCGAACAGAGUCAAAUUGUGCAGGGAAAUCGUACAGUAGAAAAGAAACCGGGCAACGUACAACGUAAAACCAUUAAAAGUAGUCAGUCCAUGAAUGAAACCACCAUGUUUAUGAAUAACGACGAUGAUGAUGAAUUGUGGAAUUUAAUUGAAAUACCCAAAGAUACAGCAAGUAGCACACAGCAGUCAGCAACAACAAAUACACAAAUUGAUUGGGAUGAUGAUUUAGAUUUAACAGCUAUUGAGUGCUAAGAUUGUUGUUAGGAUUAGAAUGAGUUAUUGUUAAUUCAUGUAUUUUAUAAACUAUUCAUUGGUAUUUUCUUAAUAAAAGUGUAUGCAUUCUAUUAAU